UCAUCAUCACAUAAACCAAGAUGUUCCUGGUCUCCCAGGGACUGACUACCUUGCUGGCAGCACAGAUGGCAGGACAGAGCCAGCAGAACCAGCAGGCGCAGCAACUGCGGUGAGAUGUCGCGGGGAAUAAAUACGAACCGAACGGAGAGAACCGAGCUGGUUGUUCAUUGCCAGAAAGACCGAGGAUGAGCAAGGAUCAGGGGCGAUCUGCCGGACCGGGUCGAACCAAUAAUCAUGAAUGUGACCCUGUGAAGAAAUCUCGGCCGGGCGGGGGAAACCAUGCAUGGCUGGACUAGAUCGUCACUAGUCGUUAUCGCGACUUCGGCGAGUUUCCAUUUCUUGCCAAAAAAGACCGACACGUCGGUUCUUCGUCACGUCUUCCGACCGCGCCAUGGAUUGAUUGCACUCAAACCGGGGAGAGAGAAAGUGUGAGGAAAUUAAGAAAACAAACACCAGGGGAACUCAUUGCUACCUUUUCUACCAUGACGGAAAAACCCCCUCAUCUCACGGCCAUCAUGGCUGACGAGCCUGGUGUGCAGCCCGGCCAGACAGAUGCAGAUGGCCAGGAGGAAUUUCUUCCGGAAGAGUUGAAGGAGCUGGAGAAGAGGGUCCGAUGGAAAGCUGAUCUGCGACUCUGUACAAUCGCGGGGAUUUUGUGCAGCCUCAACCUGCUCGACUCGGGCAUUCUCUCGUCAGCCUCGGUGACCAGCAUGCUGAAGGAUCUCGAUCUCCAAGGCACGCGCUACUCGGUCUCCAUCUUUAUCUUCACCAUCGCCAGCGUGGUCUUCCAACUCCCGUCCACGAUCGCCGUGCGCUGGGCCGGUCCUCGGGUCUGGUUCUCGGCCAUCACCGUCUGUUUCGGCCUGAUCACCCUGUGCACGGCGUUCAUCCACACCUGGCAGCAGCUGGUUGUCCUGCGCGUCCUCCUCGGCAUAGCUAUGUCCGGUAUCUACCCGGGUCUGACCUACCUCAUUAGCACCUGGUAUACUCGGCGCGAGCAGCAGCUUCGGUUUGCCUUCCUCCAGUCAGGCGAGGUCACCGUGCUGGCCACCGGCAAUAUCGUGAAUUACGCGCUGAACCUGCUGGAUGGGCGCGCCGGGCUGACGGGAUGGCGCUGGAUGUAUCUUGUGCAGGGGCUGACCACCUGCGUUCUUGGUGCCCUGACCUACUGGUGGAUGGUUGACUUUCCCGAGAAGGCCGACAGAAGCUUCUACUUCCUGUCCACAACGGAGACGCGAAUCGCUGUGCGGCGUAUCCAGAUGGACCGUGGCGACGUCGUGCUGGAGCCCUUUUCCUGGCGCAAGAUCGCCGUCCAUUUCCUCGAUCCUAAACUGUACGGGUUCGCCUGCAUGUUCUUUCUCCUGAAUCUGGUGUCGACAGCGCUGAGCUACUUUCUCCCGAUUAUCUUGCAAUCCGGAAUGGGGUUCUCCAGCAACGAAUCAAUUCUACUUUCCACGCCGCCGUAUUACUGGUCCGUUGUGCCCGUUCUGUUCACCUCCUUCAUUGGCGACACGUAUGGCAAGCGCGGUCCUUUGAUCGUCUUCAAUGCGCUUUGCCUGGUGGCCGGGUUUUUGAUGUUUGGUCUGCCGGCCUCGGGCCAGGUCACGGUGCGGUACAUCGGGACCUUCCUGGCUACCGGCGCAUACAUCUCCAACUGGGCUGCAUUGAAUGCGUUCAUGGCCAACAACGUGGUCGGGCAGUGGAAACGAGCCACCACGGCGGCCGCUGUGUCGGCUUGCAACGGCCUGGGCGGCGUGGCGGGCAGCUACAUCGUGCGACAGCAGGAGGCGCCGCAGUAUGCAACGGCAGUUUGGGUGUCGGUUGGAUCGCAUGUUCUUAUGAUUGCCAUCGUCGGGGUGUUCACUAUCUGUUUCUAUAUCUGCAAUAGAAGAUAUGACCGUAAUGCACAGGCUUCCCAGAGCACGGUCGGCUUUCGAUACACCUAUUGAAUGCCGUGGUGGCGUAGAGUUGCAACUGCCGGGAUAGAAAUCCGUGAGGCGCGUGGAAAGGAUUUGAAAGUAAAUGAAAUCGUAAUGCUUCUGGCCUCAUGAACGCAAUGUCUCUUCCAGUAUCCAUCUGUCCCAUCGUUCUCCGGAAUGGCGUGGCAGGAUCCACUUGAUCGCGAUCGAGGUGGGUCUGCCAUGGCAAUUCCGGAUCAAAGGCAGCUGAAAGACUGGAGCCCUGACUCGCAAGCCCAAAG